AUGUCACACUCAUCACCUGCAAGCUCCAACGGAGUCAAGAACCACAUGGUUGUUGAGUCCAGCCCACUGAAGCCAUUCUCAUUCCCUACACCACCUCUUCCCGAUGAUGAAGAGCAUGUUCCAUUCAAAAAGGCUCGGACGAUAUCUCGGGAGCUAAGUGGGGCCUCGGAAAAUCGCAGCGACGGCUCCCUCCCAGACGAUAUCCUGAUUUCCAUAUUUGAGCAUCUGGAUCUUCUCGAGCUCCUUCGACUUCGUGCCGUCAGUCGACACUGGAAAGAGGUUUUGACGACCUCACCGAGGCUCUGCACACACGUAAACCUGGCACAAUACAGCCGAAGAAUAAACGACUGGAGCAUCAUCAAUGUGCUGGCGCCUUUCAUCGGACCUAGGCCCCUGUCCAUCGACAUCAGCAACUGCUUUCAUCUUUCUGACGAAGGCUUCCAAACACUAUGGAAGAGUUGUGGCCGAAACGUAAAAAAAUGGCGCAUGAAGUCGGUCUGGGAGGUUUCGGCUGGCCAAAUCCUGGAGAUGAGUGAUAACGUCAAGGGACUCGAGGAAAUAGACUGGAGCAACUGCCGCAAAGUCGGCGACAACUUGCUUGCGAGGGUCGUUGGCUGGGUGGUCCCACAUCCCCCUUCACCGACGACAAACACCACGAUAGGGCCCGGUGGCAAGGCUGUCGUUUCGAGGUCGCGAUCUGCCAAGCAGGCCCAACAUCAAAAUCAGCCGCCACCCAGCAUGCCGCCUCCUGGGACAGUCAUCGGGUGCCCAAAGCUCCGCAAACUUGAUCUUAGCUACUGCAAACACAUCACUGAUAGGUCCAUGGCGCACCUCGCGGCGCACGCAUCGAAUCGACUCGAGUCGCUCUCGUUGACGCGAUGCACCUCAAUUACCGAUCAUGGUUUCCAGGCCUGGGCAGACCACCGUCUGAAUGCUUUGAGUCGCCUGAGCUUGGCGGAUUGCACAUACUUGUCGGACAAUGCCAUAGUGGCCCUGGUCACAGCGGCCAAGAACCUCACUCAUUUGGACCUUUCAUUCUGCUGCGCCUUGUCCGAUACGGCAACUGAAGUAGUCGCGCUAGGCCUUCCGCAACUUCGAGAACUCCGGCUGGCAUUUUGCGGAAGCGCUGUGUCAGAUGCCAGCCUUGGUUGCAUCGCACUUCACCUCAACGAGCUUGAGGGUAUCAGCGUCAGGGGAUGCGUUCGUGUAACCGGCAUGGGUGUUGAAAAUGUACUGGAAGGUUGCGGACGCCUCCGCUGGCUCGACGUCAGUCAGUGUAAGAACCUUGCCGGCUGGCUGAAUGGCGGAGGUGUCGAGCGAUGGGGAUUCGAUGACCGGGGAAGCCGGGCCCUGAGGUACACUCAAAGUCCAGAAGAGAUGACCUUUCCUCAUCUACAGCAGGGCGCAGUGGUGCGCAACUCGAGUUACCAGAACAUUCCAGGAUACAUGGGCCCUGGUCAGCCUCCCUCUCAACGCUCGGCCCGGGGUUCUUUCUCAGCACCUGAAAGUGUUGGCCCGUCGGUCGCAGGAGGGUCCCCGCGCGCAGCUACAUGGCACCCUGGCAGGCGGCCAGGCAUGUAUGCGCCACCAGGUGCUGGAUUUGGGCCCGUGCUGAGACCGGUGAUGCUUCCGAAAGGGGUCGCCAAAGGGAGGACUAAGCAGCCUGUUCGGUUCAUCGUUGAAAAAGGGCAUGUCGGGUUGAGGUAAAACACAGAUCUACCUGCAUACAGGUGGAGCGUGUUGAGAUCUCAAAAGUGGUUUUAACCUCAAGUUGGGCAGGUUGGUAUGAGCCGGAGGCAGUGAAGAGCAAGUCAGACUGGCACUCCCAUUUCGGACGUCUAAGGCGCUUGGGCUGUAGAUGUAUUCAUGCCGGAUACUUUGGCUUAGUUCUUGGAUAAUUUGUCCAUUCUCUCGCACUUGCGAAUUUCUUUGCGAAAGCGAGGAGGAGUUGGAAAGUGCAUCAAUUAGAUUUGUUGUUUAUCGGAUGAAAUCGUCACUUGUCAGAGGGCUCGAGGCAGCCAUUUACGGGUGCAGAUUAUGUACAAGAUACCUUGAUAUUCUUUGUACUUUGAAAUAGUCCCAAGGUCCUUGGGUAUGUCUACAUGGACAGCACGAAUACAUUGUGUUGAUUUUGGCAACCUUUGACGCGCAUCAAGUUAGCUGACAAGGUGCUUUCCGAGAGCUC